AUGCGACCACCCACACCGAUCCCUUCCCACAGGCCCCACGACGACAAGGAAAUAACCAGUUAUCAUUAUCGGCAAGGGGCUCUCAGAGACGGUAUGGCUCGAGCCAUGCUGCGCCUCGAACGACAACCCAACAAGGGUCCCUAUCUCGUCGCUACCGGCGUACCACCCCAAGUCUCCGACGAAUGGUCCAGCGAUGACUCCGCCUACCAUCUGCUCUACGACCACGACUCCCACUCAGUCUUCACAUUCCAAGAUCCUUCCCCGCAGCACGACGCAGCCGUCGAGCAAUUCAAGGCUGCCUUCCAGAAAGGCUUCAUAGACCUUCUGAAAGAGCCCGAUGCGAAAAUCCGCAUAAUCAACCCGCCUCUUCGGAAACCCCGCCUGGUUCCCUGCCUCGUCUUCGAAUGCGCGUACAUGAACGAAGACGAGGCUACCUUGGUUUCCGAGGUCCUUGGAUGGGCCGAUCGCCAGUUUUCUGUGGGUUUGAAGAUUCGGAACGUGGCGGCUCGACUGACAUUCUAUACUGCUGAUAAAUGUGGGAGGGUCGUUACGCGAUACACUCUUCCUCAUGAUGCUGUGGAUCCUCGCUCCGCCGCUGUGAACCCUUCUACAGUGAGUCUGGACGACAUGGAACGAGUGUUCAAAACCGACGAUACGCCGCUGGACAGUUUUGAGAAUGUACCAGACCCGGUGGGCAAACUCGAAAAGUGCUACAAAAUGCUUGGGCUGUCUUCGAAGCUGUCAAAGGAUAUCAGUAUUUUUGAACGAUUCAGGGCGCAGCGGGAAGAAGGUCAAGAGUGCGAAAGCGAUGAUGAAGGAGAAGAUGAUGCGUUGUAUGGCGAUAACCCUCCGCCGUCGCCUCUUGCUCCCGAUGAUCAACUCCUCGUAGACGUAUUUUUGAUUCGAACGCAUGUAUCCUAUGCUAUCGAAGAUUCGGUGCUGUAUACAGAGCAGCUUAGAGAGAGCGUUGAGGCGAUGGGGAAGGGAAGGGUUUAG